UUUAAAUAUACAACGUCUUAUUCAACUUUUUAGUUUGACAUACAUGCGCUGAUCAUUUGAGAAGCUAAGGCCUUGAAUCGCACCCGCAGCCAUCAUGGCACCGUCGGACGACCUAAAAUCGCAUGCUGCCUCUUCUUAUGACUUUUACGGGCUCCUAAGCCUAUCUCCCACCGCUGCGGACGCAGAGAUCCGUCGCGCAUAUCGGAGGACGGCAUUAAAAUAUCAUCCAGAUAAACUUACAAACCCUACACCCGCGGACAUCGAUAAAUUCCAUCUCCUGCAGAUCGCCUACGAUGUGCUCUCGGAUCCAUCCAUACGGCAACUCUACGAUAAUGCGCGAGAAGCACGGGAGAGGAAGAAGAGGGAGAGUGAGAUGCUAGAAGGGGUUAGGCGGAAGAUGAAAGAGGAUUUAGAAGCAAGAGAGCGCGGUGUAAAACGGACAUGGACUGGCGCUCCCGCUACCCAGGGGACGUUUGGUGUUGAUGAUGCAGAGGCGAAGCUGGAACAGGAACUAAGAAGGCUGGCAGAAGAUGGAAGGAGGAGGAGACGCGAGAAGGAAGAAUUAUUGAAGAAGGAGGUAUUGGAAGAGGAAGAAAGGCUGGAGAAGGAAAAGGAAGAGAGGGAGCGUGCAGCACAGAGCGAAAAUAAAGCCCAUCGGAAAAAUGGUGGCGGUACGUCGGUUCCUGAAAUUGAUCGAACGGUCAAAGUCCGCUGGCCCCGGGAAGGUGCUGGAUUGGAAUUUGACAAAGAUCGCCUUGAAUCACUCUUCUCCGUCUUCGGCAGGGUGGACAGUACUUUUACACUUAAAGACAAAAGGCAAAGGGUGGGCGAGAAGCGGGAAAAGAAAACUAUGGCGACCGGUGUUGUCGUUUUUGCCUCGAUCGUUGGCGCCCAUGCUGCAGUAGGAGAUUACAAAAAGCAAAAGGGCGACUAUUGGGAUAUAAUCGAAUCUGUAUUUUGGGCCUCGAACAAGGAACCUGACUUCGAAAAGCCAUCAUCACCCCCGCAUCAACACGAGGAGCAGACAACGUCAACACCUUCCACUCCAACCUCUACCGCCAAACCAAGGAAUAAAUUUAACUUCCCCGGACUUAACACGCCAUCAUCAACUCUCUCUAAGGAAGAACAUGGAUCGAAGCAUGUCCCAUCGUUUGCCUCUUUCUCAUCCGCUGGAUUGAAGACGCCAAAUGGUUCGCCGUCAGCACGACAUUUCGGACUUGGACCCAACAGUCCUAGUUUAGAAGAGCUCACUAUGAUUCGGUUAAAGAACGCUGAGAGAAAAAGGCUAGAAGAGCAAAUUAGGAAAGAGGAUGAAGGUGCCUCUGCAGCAGGAGGAAUCGCAUGAAGCUGGCGCGGUAAAUGAAUCAACGACAUAGCUGCGAAAGCGUCAGCCGAGCGAGUACAUAUUGCUGAGCUUGUGUAGAUAUUUUUUGAGCUAUAUGCUCUCUUAGAGAUACCCAUUUCAAAUAAAGAUGUUUCAUUCCGCUUCAUACAGACCAUUUCAGCGUACAAUUAUGAUAUUAAUCUGACAUUCUUACCCAAAAAUCGGGACAUAUUAUCAAAAUCAAACCCUUGGUCUUGUAACAGAGAUGAACUCCGCAGUGGGUAUCCCCUACACACACAAAUAGGUGUUCAUACCAAACACAUAUCGCUAUAAAUACAAUGAAUGCCAGGACACUUUACUCCUCUCGUUGCCGCUCAAUCUCUUUAAUCUUAGCAUCCAACUUCUCCAACUCUUCCGCAACCUCUUCGUCGCUCUUUUGCGGUGGCGGUGUUGGCUUCUUCACCCCUCCACUAACAAUAUAAUCCCUCGUCCAUGGCGGGACCAACGCUUUAACCUUCAAUUCUCCAGCCUUUUCAACUCCUGCUUCCGCAUCAGCCUCCCAUGAUAUCUUAAAUUCCUGGUCGGGGUUAUAUUGCGACGACUCUUCCGUAAAAA